AUGGAGUAUAGGAACAAUCACAAUAGUGAAUUCAUUCCGGCACCAGCGGAGUUAUUGUUCAAGAGAAAAGUGAAGUCAUUGAUUCCCAAUGUAGACAAUUCUAAGGUUAAAGAUUAUAGUGUGGUAAAGAAAGAGUUAAUUAAGAAAUCCAAGAAACAAAAAAAAUGGUAUGAUAGAACAGCCAGAAAGAGUGAACAUUUUGAGGUGGGUGACCCAGUUUGGAUCCAAAUUAAAAAUGGAAACAGUUUUUGAAGUAAAGGUUUAAUAGUAGAAAAAGGUACUAAUGAUAGAAAUUUCAAAGUGAAGGUUGUUAAUGGCGGAACGCAAUUAAGGAAUAUAUGGUUUUUAAGACAUAGGUUGAUAUCAAAUAGUGGUGAGGAAAACUUAGAAAAAGAAAAUAUAUUAAAAGAGGGGAAUGCACCAGUAAAGAAAUCUGAAAGAAUUAGAAAGACCCCAGCUUAUCUUAAGGAUUAUAAGUAAUUUAAGUUUUGAUAUUAUNUACAACCAGUUAGAGUUAGACGACGAGUCUUCAAAAAUUUUAACAUGGAGCACUCAUAAAGGACUUUUUCAAGUACAUAGAUUGCCAUAUGGUGUUGCUCCUGCCAGUGCAAUUUUUCAAAAGUUAAUAGAGCAACUUUUCCAAGGUUAUGAUUGUAUAGCAAAUUUUUUGGAUGACAUUAUAAUAACCGGACAAGACAGGGUAGAACAUCUGAAUAAUCUGGACAAAGUAUUUAACAUUUUAAAUGAUGCGGGUUUAAAAGUUAAAUUGUCUAAAUGUGAAUUUUUUAAAAGUGAAAUUGAGUAUUUAGGUCUUAUCAUUUCGGCGGUGGGUUUGCGUAAAUGCGAAAAUAAAGUUAGAGCGAUCGCAGACGCGCCAGCACCGCGCAACACAACGCAAGUUAAAUCUUUCUCGGGUAUGGUAAAUUAUUAUUCUAAAUUCUUACCGAACGUUUCGAUUAUUAUGAAACCUAUUUAUAAUUUACUAACGAAAAACAAACAUUUCUGUUGGACUCCGGAUUGUCAGAUAGCAUUCGAUAAAAUUAAGGAAUUGGUCAUUUCAGAUAAAGUUUUAGUGCAUUUUAACCCAAGUUUCCCAAUUAUUUUAACGACCGAUGCGUCUAACGAUGGUAUCGCGGGUUGUUUAUCGCAUAAAAUGCCGGACGGUGAUGAACGACCGAUAAGUUUUAUUUCGAGAACAUUUAUGCCAGCAGAAAAUAAUUAUUCGGUUACAGAUAAAGAGGCUUUAGCUAUUUUUUGGUCGGUUAGGAAAUUAUUCCAAUACCUACAAAACCAAGUUUUCACAAUUAGAACUGAUCACAAACCUCUCGUAGGGAUUUUGGGAGAAAAUAAAAAUAUUCCAACUAUGGCAUCUGCGAGAUUUCAGAGGUGGGCAGUUUUUUUGGCUGGAUUUCAAUAUAAACUCGAGUAUAUUAAAGGGAACGAUAAUUUCACGUCGGAUUUACUUUCGAGAUUACCAAUUAAGGGAGACGUCGUUGCGGUCGAUAGCGAAUCGCAAAGUACGUAUAUGACAUUUAUAGAAUCCGAAUAUUUUCCGAUAAAUCGUAACACAAUUAAAUUGCAAACUAACAGAGAUAAGAUUAUCAGUAAAGUUUAUUAUUAUGUGACUCAUGGGUGGCCAAAAUCGAUUAAUGAUGAUUUAAAACCAUACAAGGACAGACAUACCGAUUUAUCGGUAGAGCAAGGUUGUUUAAUGUUAGGUUACAGAGUCGUAAUACCGAGUAAAUCGCGUAAACAGAUUUUAGACGAGUUGCAUAGUACGCAUUUGGGUGUUGUCAAAAUGAAGGCAGUCGCGAGAUCGUAUGUUUGGUGGCCCAAGAUUGAUCUUCAGAUAGAAAAUUUAGUUAAAUCGUGUGAUUUUUGUAUGCAGCUAAGACAAAACCCUAGGAAGUCUGAGUUAAUACCUUGGAAUAGACCGAGUGGUGUUUGGCAGAGAGUUCAUAUAGACUUUUUCGGGCCAUUCCAUAAUAGUUACUUUUUGGUAGUUUUAGACGCGUUCUCAAAGUGGUUAGAGGUGAAAGAGAUGAGAAGUAUUACGGCGAGCAAUACUAUUAUCGAAUUACGCGAGAUAUUUAGUAGAUGGGGGUUACCUUUAACAUUAGUGUCGGAUAACGGCGCUCAAUUAACGUCUCACGAGUUUACUACGUUUUUAAAAAGUAAUGGAAUAGUACAUUUGCGUACAGCCCCGGGACACCCUGCUACAAACGGUGCGGCUGAAAAUGCAGUGAAAACUACCAAACGCGCAUUAUCGGCAGCAUUAGCGGAUAAAAAAAAUAAAAAUUCGCCUAAGUCAGUUAUAUUAAACAAAUUUCUUUUAGGUUAUAGAAUUGCGCCACAUUCUACUACGGGUGAAUCGCCGUCAUUUUUAAUGUUGGGCAGGAAACUACGUUGUAGGCUAGAUUUACUUUACAAAACGGAUCAGGAAGUGGUGUGUGAGAAACAAGAUAGGGCGAUAAAAAAUUAUAAUGGUAGUAAAGAAAAAGUUUUUAAUGUAGGUGAUGAGGUAAUAAUUAAGUGUUAUAAACCUGGGAGUAAGGAAUCUUGGAUAAGAGCAACAGUUAAUAUUGUCUUAGGUAAUAAGAGUUACGAAUGUGAAUCCAGUGAAGGUAUUACGUACAUUAGGCACGUUGAUCAGAUGAUAAAUGUUACACUAGUGGAUACGGAAACACAUUUUCAGGAGAGUGAUAACGUGGGAAGUGCUCGUAUAGAUAAGGAUAAUGGUAAAGAAGCGAGGACCAAAAAAGUCCCAAGUAAAUUAAAAGAUUUUGUUUUAAAUGUAAACUAAUAUUUUCAUCCGUGUAUAAUUGUAGUUAUAUCAUUGUUUUUUGUAACAGAAUAUUGUAUAUUUUAUUUUGUUUUUUU